GUGGCGGCGCCAUCUUGGGCGAGCGGCCGGGGCUUGAGGGAGGGCUGCGGGCCGGCGGCGUCCCCGAGCGCGUCUUUCUGGACCCCGGUUCCGUGGGCGGACACCGACGCGGAGAGCGAGCUCUCGGCCGGGUCCGGGGGGGUACGCGCUGAGAUGAUGCUGAGAGGAAACCUGAAGCAGGUGCGCAUUGAGAAGAACCCGGCGCGCCUCCGCGCUCUGGAGUCGGCGGCCGGCGAGGGCGAGCCGGCGGCCAUGGCGCUCGCGCUGCCGGGGGAGCCCCCCGCGCCUGCCGCGCCCGCCGAGGACCGGCCGGCCGAGGAGGGCGGCUUCACCAUCGACAUCAAGAGCUUCCUCAAGCCGGGCGAGAAGACGUACACGCAGCGCUGCCGCCUCUUCGUGGGGAACCUGCCCACGGACAUCACCGAGGACGACUUCAAGCGGCUGUUCGAGCGCUACGGCGAGCCCAGCGAGGUCUUCAUCAACCGCGACCGCGGCUUCGGCUUCAUCCGCCUGGAGUCCAGGACACUGGCUGAAAUUGCAAAAGCAGAGCUGGAUGGCACCAUUUUGAAGAGCAGACCUCUCCGAAUUCGCUUUGCUACACAUGGAGCAGCCCUGACUGUCAAGAACCUCUCUCCGGUUGUUUCCAAUGAGCUCCUAGAGCAAGCAUUUUCCCAGUUUGGUCCUGUAGAGAAAGCUGUUGUUGUUGUGGAUGAUCGUGGGAGAGCUACGGGAAAAGGUUUUGUAGAAUUUGCAGCAAAACCUCCUGCACGAAAGGCUCUGGAAAGAUGUGGUGAUGGGGCGUUCUUGUUAACAACGACCCCUCGUCCAGUCAUUGUGGAGCCCAUGGAGCAGUUUGAUGAUGAAGAUGGCUUGCCAGAGAAGCUAAUGCAGAAAACCCAACAGUAUCAUAAGGAAAGAGAACAGCCGCCACGUUUUGCUCAACCUGGGACAUUUGAAUUUGAGUAUGCAUCUCGAUGGAAGGCUCUGGACGAAAUGGAGAAGCAGCAGCGUGAGCAGGUUGAUAGAAACAUCCGAGAAGCCAAAGAGAAACUGGAGGCAGAAAUGGAAGCGGCCCGGCACGAGCACCAGCUGAUGCUCAUGCGGCAGGAUUUAAUGAGGCGUCAAGAGGAACUCAGACGCUUAGAAGAACUCAGAAACCAAGAGCUGCAAAAACGGAAGCAAAUACAACUGAGGCAUGAAGAAGAGCACCGUCGUCGUGAAGAGGAGAUGAUCCGACACAGAGAACAGGAGGAGCUGAGGCGACAGCAGGAGGGCUUUAAGCCAAACUAUAUGGAAAAUAGAGAACAGGAAAUGAGAAUGGGUGAUAUGGGUCCCCGUGGAGCCAUAAACAUGGGAGAUGCGUUUAGCCCAGCACCUGCUGGUAACCAAGGGCCUCCUCCAAUGAUGGGUAUGAAUAUGAACAGCAGAGCAACUAUACCUGGCCCGCCAAUGGGUCCUGGUCCUGCCAUGGGGCCAGAAGGAGCUGCAAAUAUGGGAACUCCAAUGAUGCCAGAUAAUGGAGCAGUGCACAAUGAUAGAUUUCCGCAAGGACCACCGUCUCAGAUGGGAUCACCUAUGGGUAGUAGAACAGGUUCUGAGACCCCCCAAGCACCGAUGAGUGGUGUAGGUCCUGUUAGUAGUGGUCCUGGUGGUUUUGGUAGAGGAAGCCAAGGGGGCAACUUUGAAGGCCCUAAUAAGCGUCGUAGAUAUUAAACAUUCUUCCAUUCCUAUUUAGAGGGAAAAAAUACACUUUUACCUGUUACCGAGAAGAAAUGGUUUUAUUGUUAUUGUAUGUAGACUUUAAAGUUUUUUUGUUUUGUUUUGUUUUUGUAAAACUUGAGGUUUUUGUAUUUUUCUUUAUUCAUAAGCUUGUAGAUUAGAAUGGUAAUGAUGAUCCCCUCAUCAUUGUGAAUGUUCAAAUGUGUUUGUGACUUCAGCUGAAUAUAAGUAUGCCAUAGUACUGUGAAUUCUGUGUAGUUAAUCUCAAUAAAGAAAUCAUCUUGGAUAAUUU